CGAGUGUGUGUGUGUGUAGUGGGGGGGAGAGAAAGUGAGAGAAAGAGCAGUUUAAGGAGCUGAGGAGGAGGAGUCAGAGGGGCGGGUGACGUCACUGGACUGAGUGGCGCCUGCGCACUGGUGAGAAAAGCCGCCGCUCGAGCAGUGACCGUUGGCGUCACUCCCGGGUUGAAUGCCGAAAACCGUGGUAGUAAUCGGAGGGGGAAUCACUGGCCUCUCUGCCUGUUUCCACCUGACUCGAGCCACCAGCAACCCCAAGGUGAUCCUGUUGGAGGCCAGCGGACGUCUGGGAGGUUGGGUGCAAUCGACACGGACGGAGGAUGGCGCCAUCUUUGAACAUGGUCCCAGGGGAGUCCGUCCAGCUGGCACAGUGGGGAAGAACACCCUUCAGAUGGUCUCUGAGCUGGGCCUGGAGAACAAGCUGCUCCCAGUGCAGAAGGACAGCAUCGCAGCCAAGAACCGAUUUCUCUAUGUUGGCGGCAAACUGUGCCGUUUGCCCUCCAGCUUCAGUGGCAUUUGCAAAACCCAGGAGCCCUUUACGAAGCCCCUGAUAUCGCAUUUGCUUCGAGAACCACUGGUCAGCCAGAGCAAAGAGCCAGAUGAAAGUGUGUACAGUUUUGCUCUCAGACGAUUUGGAAAAGAGAUUGCGGACAACGCCAUUGACAGUCUGUGCCGCGGGAUCUUUGCUGGGGAUUGCCGGCAGCUCAGCCUUCGCUCUUGCUUCCCCAUCCUGUACACGGCCGAACGUGGGUACGGCUCUGUCCUGCUGGGAAUGCUGCUCACAGCGGAUCAGCCACAUCAGUUCAGGAGCCCGCUCAUCUCCAGAGCCCUGACAGAGGGCUGGACACAGUGGUCGCUCCAGGGAGGAAUGCAGACGCUUCCUGAAGCCUUGGAGGAUGAUCUACGGAAAAACAGCGUCGAAAUCCAUCGGGAUACAACAGUCAGCAAGAUAGAACCGCAGAGCAAUGGCAGUUGGAAGAUAAAUCUAGAAAACGGCUCCAUCAGAGCAGAUCACGUCAUCUCUGCUGUCUCUUCGCGAGCGCUGAGCUGCCUCCUCCCUCCGUCCCUCGAGGCCCUGGCAUCGGAGCUACGCCAGAUCAGCAGUGCCAGCGUGGCCGUGGUCAACCUGGAGUACCAGGGCAACGUGCUGCCCAUCACGGGGUUUGGACACCUGGUCCCGUCGAUGGAGAGCAGGGGUGUCCUGGGCGUAGUUUAUGACUCGUGUUUAUUUCCGGAGCAGGACCGAGCUGGAGCUCCCAGCACCCGGGUCACGGUGAUGCUGGGCGGGGCGUGGUUCCAUGAGGCUUUCGGCAGCCCUGAGCAAGCCAACCACAAGGAGCUGCUGGCGGUCGCCAAGGAAACCAUCCGUACACACCUGGGGGUGAGCGCUGAGCCUCUCCGCUCAAUCCUCAACAUCCAACAGGACUCAAUCGCCCAGUACGCAGUGGGGCACUGGAAACGUCUAGAUACCAUCUACAACAUCAUCUCUGAUCACGCGUUGGGUCUGAGUCUGACGGGAGCUUCCUAUGAGGGUGUCUCAGUGAACGACUGCAUUUUUAAUGCCCGAAAUAUUGUGGAAAAGCUAUUUAGCUAACGCUCACGCCUGAACAGCUUUCUCUGUCUCCUUCGCCUAGUUUUACAGAUAGAUUUAGCUAGAGAUGAUUGAUCGUGAGCUGCUCUUACACACCAGAGGUUACUGCUAUGAAAUGGGAACUCUUUAAGCUGUGAGGUUACUGACCUGCGAUCUCUAUACGGACAGUGUAGAGAGAGCUCUACGCUGUAUCUAAGCUGUGCUGUGGCUGAUCUGUGGUAUCAGGUUACUGUUAGGCAAUUGUUUUAGAUUUUAUCGAUAAUAUUCAAUCAUUGACAUGAUUCCUGGUGACAAAUAUUGGAAUAAACCUUUUUAUAAAAUUUAACAAUAAUUCAAUAAAGGCUGGAAAUUCUUGGCAAUUAUCUUACAACGAUGCUGUGAAUAAAUUGUCGUUACCAUAUUUUAAUCUA